AUGGCGGCGCUGCCGCAGAACAACCUGCAGGAGCAGAUGCAGCUCCACUCGGCUCGUGGAGCUCUCAGCAAACCGGCCCCGCCGCGGCACCGGCCGGCGUCCCAGGAGGUGUCCAAGGGCCAGGUGUGCCCUGUAACGAGGACUGCGAGCGAGGGCCCGCGGUGCACUCCCAGCCCUGCACCCGGCCCUGUCAUUGCCAUUGAAGAUGAGUGGGAUGACAUUGAUGACUUUGACUUGUCAAGAAUUGAAAAGUACUGCAGGCCACCAGUCCUGUCCCCCAAAGGGCAGCAGGUCUCCAGUGCAGCCCUCCAGAGGUCAGACCUCCAGCUGGACAAAACACCUGGCUCUCCUGGCACUGUGGGUGGUGACCAUGAUGCUUUGGAGUGGGGGGAGACCUUACUAGAGGCUGAGCACCUGCCCUCCUCGCAGCAAUCUGUGAUCUGCAUCGGGGAUGCAGCUCCUGAGGAUGCAGCUCCCUGCAGCAGUGACAGGGUUGUGGGUAAGGACCUUUGGCAGGAUUUAGAUGCUGAUGUGAUUUUGGAUGAUGAGAAGGAGGAGACUCACCCAAGUGCUGACAGAAGUGGUGAGAGGCAGCAGCUGUGCAGUGAGGAAAGGCACAGUCCCCCAGAGCUGGCUGAGGCUGACCCUGAGCUGUUUGCAGGCACAGAGCUGACAGAGGAUGAUUUCCUGGAUGUUGUUCCCCCCUCCCCUGAAGAGGAGCUGCCUCCCUUCUCUCCCUCUGUGAGAAGCAUGAGUAACCUUUGCAGAGAGUCUCCUACUGGAGGAAGUUCCAUGACUGGCAGCAGCGAGUCCAGGCCUGGGAAGGUGGCCACCAUGCAGCCUGUCACUAAAAGUGACCCCAGUGCAGAAGAUGCAGGGAGAGCCUCACAGCUGGAGCAGCAGCUGUAUGGUGUCAUGGAGGAGAUCUGCAGGCUGGUGGAUGCCAUCCCACUGCGUGAGCUUCAGGCUCUGUCCUGUGCCAAAGCCCUUCUCCAGAAGCGAGACCUCAGGAGAAAAUUGCUGAUUAAUCCUGUCACCUUGAACAAAACCAGUACAAACACUUACCCUAGGAAGGGGGGUGUGGAGCAGAGCCCUCUCCCAUGUCCCAGAAAUCUUUCAUGUCCUGGUCCCAGCUGGAGCUUCAGUUCUGACAGAAACUCACCCAAAUCCACCAGCCUGCUUUCUGGGACUCCUAUUGCAAGCAGUUUUUCAACCCAAAAGAAUCAAACUUUGGGCAGCUCUUACGCUUCAGAGCUAAGUGUUGAAGAGAUUCCCUGCCCAGGAACUACAGCACUGCCUUCUCCCAAGGGAAAUGGCCCAGGGAGGGCUUCCCUCAGCCUCCACUCCCAGACGUCCUUCAACAGCAGCUGGGGUGAGAAGCCAGGGGUGAGGAGCCCUGGGAACCAUCAUCUGCUGGAGAGGCCCCUAACCAGCACAGCUCUGAGAGCUCCAAGCAGAGCUCCUGCUGGCCUUCCUGCAGGGGACACUCAGGCUGUGAAUGAUGCAGACCUUGACCUUGAUCACUUUGAUAUUGAUGAUUUUGAUGAGGACUGGGAGGAUCUGGUGAACAUGUCAGCACCUGAGACACCUUCCUACCAGCCCAUCAGGGAAGGGCCACCUGCCAGAUCACUCCUGUCAAAGAUCAUGUCCAGAGCCCAAGGACCUGCUGCUGUAUCCAGUCCUGCUGCUCCAAAAUCAGGCUCCUCCAUGGCAGCUAAGAACCCUUCAGACCCACCAGUUAAUAACCCUGCCCUGGAGCAUUUCAGGGGCAUGAAGUUCCCCCAUUCUGAGGGAAUGAUGACUGUGUUUCACAAGAAGUUUGGCUUGCACUGCUUCAGGACAAACCAGCUGGAGGCCAUCAAUGCUGCUCUCCUGGGUGAAGAUUGCUUCAUCUUAAUGCCCACUGGUGGUGGCAAAAGCCUUUGCUACCAGUUACCAGCCUGUGUCUCUGCUGGGGUCACCAUUGUCAUCUCCCCACUGAGGUCACUGAUCAUAGACCAGGUGCAGAAGCUGAAGACAUUAGAUAUUGCUGCAACAUAUCUGACUGGUGACAGAACAGAUGCAGAUGCUUCAAAGAUCUACAUGCAGCUGUCAAAAAAGGAUCCUGUGAUAAAGCUCCUGUAUGUCACCCCUGAGAAGGUUUGUGCCAGCAGCAGACUGAUGUCAGCCCUGGAAAAUCUCUAUGACAGGAAGCUCCUGGAACGUUUUGUCAUUGAUGAGGCCCACUGUGUCAGCCAGUGGGGCCACGAUUUUCGGCCUGACUACAAACGGCUGAACGUCCUCCGCAAGAAGUUUCGCUCCGUUCCCAUGAUGGCUCUGACAGCCACUGCCAACCCCAGGGUACAGAAGGACAUCCAGAACCAGCUGGAGAUGCUAAGACCACAAGUGUUUACAAUGAGCUUCAACAGGUGUAACUUGAAAUAUGAUGUGCUGCCCAAGAAGCCAAAGAAGGUGGCAAUGGAUUGCUUGGAAUGGAUCAAAAAAUACCAUCCAUAUGACUCUGGAAUCAUUUACUGCCUGUCACGUCACGAGUGUGACACAACAGCAGCUAUCCUGCAGAAGGAAGGUCUGGCUGCACUCGCCUACCACGCUGGCCUCACCGACUCCAGCAGAGACCUGGUGCAGAAGAAGUGGAUUAAUCAGGAAGGAUGUCAGGUUAUUUGUGCCACCAUUGCCUUUGGAAUGGGAAUUGACAAGCCUGACGUGCGCUACGUGAUCCAUGCUUCCCUUCCCAAAUCCAUUGAGGGUUACUACCAGGAGUCUGGCAGAGCUGGGAGAGAUGGGGAGAUGUCCCACUGCCUGCUCUUCUACAGCUACAGCGACGUCACCAGGCUCAGAAGGUUAAUAAUGAUGGAGAAAGAUGGGAACAGCCACACCAGACAGACCCACUUCAACAACCUCUACAGCAUGGUUCACUACUGUGAGAACGUGGUAGAUUGCAGGAGGAUCCAGCUCUUGGCCUACUUUGGGGAAACAAAUUUUAAUCCCACCUUCUGCAAAGAUCACCCAGAAGUCAUCUGUGAUAACUGCAGUAGGAAGAAGGAUUACAAGUCAAGAAAUGUAACAGAGGAGGUGAAGAGCAUCAUCAGGUUUGUGCAGGAGCACUGUGGGCAAGGACGAGGGAACGGAAGGAAAAACACAGGGUCUGGGAGAUACACACUGAACAUGAUGGUGGACAUCUUCCUGGGUAAAACCAGUGCCAAGAUUCAGUCUGGAAUAUUUGGGAAGGGAGCUGCCUACUCUAGGCAUAAUGGUGAAAGGCUCUUCAGAAAACUGGUCUUGGACAAGAUCCUGGAUGAAGAUUUGUACAUCACAGCUAAUGACCAGGCAGUGGCCUAUGUGAUCCUAGGAGAGAGAGCUCAGGCUGUGCUAGAUGGAGCACUGCAGGUGGAGUUCCACGAGACAGAAAGUGCCAGUGACAUCAGAAAGCAGAGAGCUUCCAUGGCAAAGAUGUCCCAGCGGGAAGAGAUGGUCAAAAAGUGCCUUGGGGAACUUACAGACACGUGCAAAACGCUUGGGAAGGUCUUUGAUGUGCAUUACUUCAACAUUUUCAGUACUUCAACUCUGAAGAAAAUAGCAGAAACCUUGUCCUCAGAUGUGGAGGUUUUACUGCAGAUUGAUGGUGUCACAGAAGACAAACUGGAAAAAUAUGGUGCAGAGAUAAUUAAAGUGAUGGAGAAGUACUCGGAAUGGACCACACCAGAAGAUGCUCCCUGCCCCAGCGUGGACACGGCCACAGGAAGCCAGGGCACCCCUGAGAGCAAUGAGGAGACUGAAGGUGGGGCUACAACCUCCAGCUACUUUUCCAAUAAUGCAAACCAAAGAAGGAAAAGGAAAAGGCCACCAAACUUCAGAGAAUCCAAGAGGAAAAAGACCAGUAAUGGUGGCAGCCAGCAGUUCCGUCCCAGAGGCUACAGCAAGCACCGAAGGACCAAAAAGCCAAUUGGCUCCAAGGCUGCAGCUGCUUCUGGCAGUAGCUCAGUGUCCUACAGCGUCAGUGCCACCCCAGGAGCUGCUGGAAGGCUAGGGAUCAUGGCACCACCCAAACCCAAAGCCAGGAACUUCCUUCAGCCUUCAUACUCAGUCUUCUGA